AGACCUAAACUUUCAAAGACUACUUCACUUAAACCUAACUUUUUAUUCAUAUUUUAAGUGAAGUAUUGACUCAUUGUUUAAAACACAUGAUUUGAAAGAUUGAAUGCAAUGAAUGAAAUGACUAACAAAUCAAUACAUUCAGUGAUCCGUUUGGACAUCAAUUUGUCUGAAGACAUACAAUUGGGUGAUACCGAUGACUACCAACUGAUAACACGAAUUGGUUGCGGAAAGUAUGGAGUAGUGUUUGAGGCCAUCGAUGUCCGCAAAAACAAGAGAUGUGCCAUAAAAGUACUGAAACCUGUAAUCAUGGAUAAAGUGAGUCGUGAAGUAACAAUACUAAGACAUCUUUGCGGUGGACCUAAUAUUAUAUCAUUGAAAGAUGUUAUUAUGAACUGUAAAAUACCAUCUUUGGUGUUCCCAUUUGUGGCCAAAGAGACGCUCAGAGAUAUAUUGACGACAUUGGAUGACACGGAAAGUCGACUUUAUCUCUUCAAAAUUAUUAAAGCCAUCGAUUAUUGUCACCAACAAGGAGUGAUGCAUCGGGACAUUAAACCAUCAAAUGUUGUGAUUGACAGACAAAGACAAUUGUUACGACUUAUCGACUUUGGUUUAGCCGACUUUUACACCACCGAUAAGUCAUAUUCGGUUGCCGUGGCGUCGAGGUACUACAAACCACCCGAACUGUUACUUAAUUACCCAAAGUAUGACUAUUCAAUGGACAUGUGGUCAUUUGGUUGUGUUAUGGCUGCUGUCAUCUUUAAAAAGGAUCCAUUUUUAGCAGGUCUCGACAAUUUGGAUCAAUUGAUGCGAAUUGUCUCAGUUUUGGGCAAUCAAUGUCUUAAGAAUUACAUUAGAAAAUAUAAGUUAAAUCCUUUGCCACAAUUGAUUCAAAUAUUGGAAAGUAAUAUCAAAUGCCGUCAAUGGUUUGAAUUUGUCAACGAAGGUAACAAUCAGUUGGCAACUGAUUUAGCCAUUGAUUUGGUCGACAAACUUAUGAUCUUUGAUCACAAACACCGAUUGACAGCUAAUGAAUGCAAACAACAUCCAUAUUUCGGCCCAUAUUUGGGAAAAUAG